AUGGUUGAUACUAUAGAGAAGACGUUGAAUCCCGUUUCUUUAAUUACGUUUGUUUUAGGUUUCGGGAUUCUCUAUCCCUUAGGCGAAUCAAAAUAUCGAUUGAGUAUUUUCUAUUUAUUAAUAGUGUGGAGUGUUUAUGCUUACGCGUUUUAUCAUGCAACGAGCCUAUUUGAGAUGAAAAAUGUACUUGAUAGUUCAUUGGGUUUCUUUAUCGUUGUAGUAAAUUUAUUCGUGGCAAUAAUAUCCAUAAUCAUCAUCUUUUGCAAACACAAGAAAUAUCGACACUUUAUAAGGAAGCUCAGUCAUGUGGAUGAUACAUUGGAAAAACUCGGAACAUCGAAAGAAUAUCAUAAAAUGCAACACUUCAUAAAACAGAUGUUGAUUACGUGGCUUUUAGUAACUCUUUUGUCUUGGAUUUUUGAUUCUGUACUGUGCGCAACACUAUAUAAUGAUAUAAAAACCAUAGUUGUUUCUUGGAUUUUGAAUUAUUUUGCAUACGCUAACACCAUCACAGAUAUAACGUUUAUACUUCUCCUGAAAUAUAUCGGUAGUAGAUUGAAUAAAAUAAAUGAUCAUAUUGAACAAUUAUUAGAAGUGAAAGACUAUAUAAGACUAAGAUGCAAGUGGAAAAAGUCUCUUGCUGUUAGCAAUCACAAGGUCAAAGGUGCUGAGAAUCACGAGCAUGUAUUAUGGACCGUAAUUCAAUUACAUUUGAUAUUGAAUCCAAAACAAAUAUUUGAAAUCGAUAAAAUACUGAAAAUAAUGCUUUCUGACGGCACAUGGUUCAUCGUAGCUUUAAUAAAAUUCAUAUCAUUGAAUUAUAUAUGCGAAAGUGUCAGUACUAAGGCGCAAAAGACCAAGGACAUUAUUCAUAAAUUGACAAAUCUUAUUUAUUUUGUCGAGGUGCGCGAAGAGAUUUGCCAGUUUGUGUUGCAAAUAUCACUACGGCCAUUAAAGUUUAGCGGAUUAGGCCUGUUUUAUUUUGGCUACAGCUUUAUUCAUAAGUUCUUCGUAUGGAUGAUCACAACUAUUAUUUUCAUGACGCAAAUGGAUUUUACUUCACUAUGGUAAAUGGUUCGAAUUUAAUAGCAGAGAU